AUGGUGGGCUUUAGUACAUCGAGAUGGCUUGUUCAUGUCGAUGAAAAUGCUACGGGAACUAUCAGUGAAUAUUCCAAAGGAAUUCUUAUGGUCUGUCAACAUCUCUACCAACAACAUAAUAUUGAUCAGUAUUUAACAAUGAACGAAAUCAUAAGCAGUAAUAAUUAUAUAAAUACUAAUUUCUAUAAAUGUUAUAAUCGUUUACACAAAUGGCACAAUCCGUCAAUAAAUGGACCUGAAAUAUUGGACUAUCAUAAACUAUUAAUUGUCACGUCGUUUAGUUGCAUACUGAUCGCCAUUACUUCGCUACUUAUCACUCAAUUUGUUAAUACAGAAAGAUCCUAUUAUAAAAUACAGUUUUCUAAAUGUAUAAUUAAUUGUUUACUAGCUGCUAAUAUUAUUACUUGUAUAUUAGCAUUGACUACGCUGGCAUUAUUUUUUGGCUUCGAACGUCUUCAAAAUAUUAUCGAUUAUGGUUAUUCAUUUUGGUCAUUUGUUGCAGGAACAUGUUGCAUAUUUCUUUGUUGUAUUCUCAUAGGUGUUUUUCGUAUUGAUGUUGAAUUUGAAUUUCGUCGUUAUUGA